AUGGAUGACCGUGAAGCGGCAGACCGCACCCUGCGCGGGUACAAAGAGGUCGCUCUUGAUUUUGGACUUGCAGCUUGCGGUGAACCUCUCGGCGGACCCCGUCUGGAUGAGACACUGCUCCUCCAAGAACGAGAAGAUCGAGCAAUUGGGCUUGUCGAACACCAGCAGGACCUCGGAGUUGUCAGUGUACGAAAUCGACGAGUGAUUGAUACCCUCGGCAUCGUACUCAGCAAUCUCCGACGCGAACACGCGGUUGAUGAAGUACUGCUGCAGCCGCUCGUUGGCGUAGUUGAUCAGCAGCUGCUCGUACGUGUUGCGCUGGAAGUACUCGAACCCGUAGAUGUCCAGGAUGCCUAUCCAGCGGUGCGCGCUGUCGUCAAACUGGAUGAUGCUGUUGAUCUUGUCAAUGCAGAACUCGAACAACGCGCCGUACAGGUCCUUCGCAAGCGCACGGACGUUCACCUCCGCAGCUGCCACGGUUAUCGCAGAGGCGAUGUCGCUGCCCUGGAUCUUGACGACCUUCGUGAGCAGGAUGCCCGAGAUGCACCGCAUGAAGUCAUCGAACCCGGAGUCGGGGCACAGUGUCUGCAGUUCACGACGCACAGCAGCAAACUCCUUCACGUCGUCGAUGCCGGGAGCGUCGCAGCACUUGCCGCCGUUCAGGAAGCGGUACGACUCCAUCGGGCGGAAGCCGUACGACUGCUUCUCGGCUGCGGUGAGGCCCUUCAGGCACUGGUAGAAGAUGUGGUAGUUGCGCUCGUCGUCGGCCUGGAACUCGAUGCGGGACAGCUCCAGCAUGUAGCUGCAAAUUAUACCGCCCUUAAGCCCGCCCUCGGGCGCCACCAGAAUCUUGAUGAACUUGCCGAACCGGGAACUGUUGUUGUUGCGCAGCGUCUUAGCAUUGCCAAACGCCUCCAGGAUCACGUUGGAGCCCAUCACGACUUGUUGCACGUUGUCAGAAUUCUUGCUCGGCCCGUACGCGAAGAAGCUCAUCAGCUGCUUCGCAGUCUCGGUUUUCCCGGCACCGGACUCGCCACUCACGAUGCACGACUGGCACUGGUCGUUGCGCAGCAACCCGCUGAUUGCGCACUGCGCAACCGCGUACGUGUGAGGGGGCACGUCGGAAGGGAAGCCGAUGGAGGUGUCCGACUGCCGGUACCGCUCGAUGACAUGCGGGCCAUACAGGUCGGGGAUCAGCCGAAACGGGUUCAGCACAAUCAAUAA